UCGACUUGGAAUCAUGGAGUCCACACCUUCAAACUUUUAGUGUUUGGUGGACCAAUCCGUGUUUGCUGUCCUUUCAUUUUUGCCUUUUACCACAAGGUCCCGUCUGAAUUCUGAGAGGGAAGAGGAACGGCGAUGGAGUCACCGUUCAAAGCAGAGAUUUUGAAAGGGAAAGUGGGUUUGAUUACAGGGGGAGGCUCAGGCAUUGGUUUCGAGAUCUCUACUCAGUUCGGAAAACAUGGAGCAUCCGUUGCUAUCAUGGGUCGACGCAAACAAGUCCUUCAAGCUGCCGUCUCUGCUCUUCAAUCCCUUGGGAUUCAUGCUGUUGGCUUUGAGGGGGAUGUUCGCAAACCGGAAGAUGCGAAAAGAGUGAUUGAAUCAACUUUCAAGCAUUUUGGCCGGAUCGACGUUCUUGUGAAUGCUGCUGCUGGCAACUUUCUUGUGAAUGCUGAGGAUUUGUCCCCUAACGGGUUUCGAACAGUUAUGGAUAUUGAUUCUGUUGGUACAUUUACAAUGUGCCACGAAGCACUUGGGUAUCUCAGAAAGGGAGGACAUGGAAGGGACUCAACGAGUGGUGGAUCAAUCUUGAAUAUCAGUGCUACUUUACAUUACACAGCUUCUUGGUACCAAAUACAUGUCUCUGCAGCCAAGGCAGCCGUUGAUAGCAUCACUAGAAGCUUGGCACUCGAGUGGGGAACCGACUACGAUAUCCGAGUCAAUGGUAUUGCCCCAGGCCCUAUUGCAGAUACUCCUGGCUUGAGUAAACUCGCACCUUACGAGAUUAAAACCCAAGCUCGAGAGCAAUUGCCUUCGUUUCACAUAGGGGACAAAUGGGAUAUCGCUAUGGCAGCAGUUUACCUUGUUUCAGAUGCGGGUAAAUAUGUGAAUGGGACCACCCUUGUGGUUGAUGGAGGAAGUUGGCUGUACCGGCCGCGCCGUCUACCAAAAGAGGAAGUCAAGCGGUUGUCUCGGGUGGUUGAAAAGAGAUCAAGAGAAAAACCAGUUGGAACUCCAUCCAGCAAGCUGUAAAACCAACAGAGUGAUUAUCAAUG